UUUAUAAUUUUAUUUUAAGACAGAUGAAAUCUGCUGCAUCAUUUAUCUGUAGAUUUUCAUUGGAUUCAGUGAGAUGUAGCUGGACAUUUUAGUAUUGAACAGGUGCAACUUAAAACAAAUACAGAAUUACAGAACUACAAAUAAUUGAAUUAUUCAGUAUACUUUGACAUGAGCAAUGUGCUUUGCAGAAGGCUUUCUAAGUACAGAAACCAGAAGAUUUUUAUGAAGAAUUUAUAUGUUCACAGGAAUAUAACGAUCAGAUUGAGAAACUCACAAUUGAAAUUCAAAACAAAGAGGAAGACCACAAAUUAGAAAUAGCACAGUUGAACUGCAACAUGAGAAAAAAAAGUAAGUUUUCUGAAGCCUGAAUGCUAUACAGCUGGAUAAACCAUGUCAUAGCCUGUAAGAGCUGUACUUUAUUAGCAUAAAUGCAAAAAAUAGUUCAACUUCCUCAUGGAAACAUGACUGGAAAAUAGUUUUACUUAGAGUCCAGGUGUAGUACUGAACAUGAAACAUGAAAGCUAGAAGUGGAUAUUGUCAAAAUGAAUUUUAUCUUAACUGAAUAGACAAUGCUAGUGAGGUAUUAUUACAGCAACACUGGAUGAGCAGAAGUUCCAAAUCAAGUAUAACAAACACUGGGAACUCAUACAUAAAAAUCUGAAGGAGUUAAAUUUUGGGUUAAAUACUAACUGGAGAGUUGCUUUGAACUUGCUGAAAAUUGAAUUAGGUAGGCUCCUAGGAUGGUGUUUCAGCUAUACCUGAGAAGAGCAGGACUUUCUGCAAAUAAAUAAUGCUGCAAAAGGAAACACCUGCUUAUAGCAUUGAUUACUUUUCAUUACUGACAGAGGUUUAAGUAGGAUUUUUUUAGUUAUUCACAUAGCUGUAAAAAAGCAAAAUGAAGUCUCUGUAAAACGUGAUGCUGCUUUAAUGAAACUCAAUCUCACAAUGGUUCCAGAUAGAUAGAUAGACAGAUAGAUUUUUGUUGUUGUUGUUUGACAGAAAUUGUUCCAACCUGUUGCUGAAGAAAGCUCUGCUAUUUGGGAAAUGCUCUGUUUUUAUUUUGUUUUUCCAUUUAACCAUAUUAUGUAAUUAAUUUAAUCAAUAUAUUCGGUGUUACUUUGUUAUUAGCUGAAGAAAAAGAGAUGGAGUAUAAGGAACAGAUACAGAAAAAGGAACUGGAAAUAUUAGAGCUAGCUAGACAGCUGAAAACUCAAGAUGAAGAGAAGCAGAAUGAAAUAAUUAAACUGCAGAUAGAGUUCAACACUAAAUUGGCAAGAGUUCAGAACAAAACAACAAAAUCAUAUUCAGAUGCUUCUGUUUUGCCACAAAGUAUCUAUCGAAGGAAACUACAGCACCUGCAGGAGGAGAAAAACAAGGAAAUUGAGAUCCUCCGAAACACCAUAAGAGACUUAGAGCAACGUCUUAAUAAAGGCCAAGAUUUGCACUUGAAACGGAGGCGGUUUUGAGUAAAUAGCAUGAAGCAUUUCAGUAGAACAUACAAGAAACAGUGUGUUUCGAACUGUGCACUUAAAAGUAAAAACAAAAUACAAAGAGACGCUGAAUAUUUUUUAUUGAAGUCUCUUGUCAGAUAUCCCAAAGGCAUGCAUUUUGUUUAUAUUCAGUACUAUUUUCUUGCUAAUCAGCAUUCACCACAAAAAGAUUCCGUUUUCAUAGGAAUAAUUGCCCUAUUCAUUCAUCAUUAAUUAUGGUGUAUGCUUUCAAAGCUGCUUUUCUUUCUUGAAUACUCUGCUCAUCCUUCAAACAAAAGAAUUUUUACUUCAACAUGGUUAAUCAAAAUUAGAAAAUGCUAAGCUACAUACAAAGAAAUUAUUAAAAUGUCAGUGGUAUACUGCCUUACUAUUCAAUACAGAUAACAAAUUCCAUACACUCAUAAGCAAAGUAUUAAACCAAGACUGAACUUGUCCUGUCUCUUUCUUGAUAGAGGCAUUGAAUCUGCACAAAGAGUUGUAAAUAUUGCUUCUCACUUCAGGCAUGAACUUACUGAUUAAGUAGGAUUUGACAAACUGUAAUAGUGUGCAUCAGUGAAACUUGUACUAUAUUUAACUCACAAAAGUUAAGUAUAUGAUGUUACUUUAAAACAAUGCAGUUACAGUUGUAUCUUACACUUCAAAUAAAAUGUUAUUUUGGUCCACUGUUUAACAAUGAGUUUUGCUUGUACAUAAUUUGUAUACCUACUUUAGAAAAAAAACUUUUGAAUAUAUCCCCUCUUAAUU